AUGAAGUUGGAUACUAAGGCUAUGCGGUAUUUGACCGCUGAAGACUGGCGCACACUUACAGCAGUCGAACAAGGUUCCAAAAACCAUGAGGUUGUUCCUACCAAACUCAUUGAACAAUUAUCAGGUCUCCGAGGCGGGGUUCAUAGAUGCAUAUCCGCACUCGCAAAAGUCAAUUUAAUCGCACGCCUCAAGAACGCAAAAUACGAUGGCUAUCGUCUCACAUAUGGAGGACUCGAUUAUCUUGCGUUAAAUACAUAUCGUAAACGCAAGGAUGUUUACAGCGUCGGAAAUCAAAUCGGUGUCGGAAAAGAGAGUGAUAUUUUUGUGGUGGCAGAUGAGAAGGGAGUGCAGAGGGUACUGAAGAUUCAUCGAUUGGGACGAAUAUCAUUUAGAACGGUCAAGGCGAAUCGAGACUAUUUACGACAUCGAUCCUCGGCAUCAUGGAUGCAUAUGUCACGAUUGGCAGCGCUGAAGGAAUUCACGUUUAUGACGGCUCUACGAGAUAAUGGAUUUCCUGUCCCCGAACCACUCGCACAAUCUAGACAUACUAUAGUUAUGUCUUUGAUCGAUGCAUUUCCUAUGCGUCAAAUAUCUUCCGUUCCAGAUCCAGCCUCCCUCUACGCCGAACUUAUCUCCAUGAUCCUACGCUUAGCACAAUAUGGACUCAUCCACGGCGAUUUCAACGAAUUCAACAUUUUAAUCAAGGAAGAGACGAACCCAGAAAAUCCUGAAGAGAUAGUCAGCUUGACUCCCAUUCUUAUUGAUUUUCCACAGAUGGUUUCUGUCGACCAUGUAAAUGCAGAAUACUACUUUGAUCGAGACGUCAACUGUAUUAAGCGAUUUUUUGACCGACGAUUCCAUUUCACCAGCAAUGAGAAGGGUCCUCAUUUCAAGGAUGCUCGCAAACUUAUCGGUAAAGAUGGUGUAAAGCGAUUGGAUGUUUCUGUCGAGGCAUCGGGAUUCUCAAAAAAGAUGGCGAAAGAGCUCGAGGCAUAUAUGAAAGCGGUAGGCGUUGACGGUGAUGGCGAACCCGGGGCGGAAAGAAGUGAUGAUGAUUUUGACGACGAAGACGACGACUACGACGAAGACGAUGAGGAGGAGGAAGAAGAACAGGAUGAAGAAGAAAAAGAGGCUGCGGAUAGCCAUAAAGCGGAUGACCUUGCAGAUCCUGCCAACGUAAAACAGCAGAAUGAAGAGGCUGCAGAGAUAAAGCCGAAGGGGGAUGCUGAACUGUCGAAUGAUGGCAAGGAAGAGUUGUCAUUGUCCAAUCUCAAGAUUGAAGAGAAGACUUGA